CCUUUUUUUUUCCUUUCCAAAUUAUUAUUAUUUAUUAUUAUUAUCUUUUAUUUUUGCACUUAACAUUUCCUCUCCAUAUAAAAAACGAAAAUGGAAGGCCAAGCGAGAAUGCGGACGCUUUUGGCCGCCGGUGGAACCUAAGGAGAAGAUUCUUCCCCUUCAUUAAAUUCAUAUAUUCAGAGAGAGAAAGAGAAAGAAAAAAGAAAAAGGAAUCUCGAUUCCCUCUCUGUCUCCUGAAAUUCCUCGAAUUUUCUCGAGGAAUUUGUCGGUCCGGUGGCGUUUCGCCGAAGCGAAGUUUCUCCUUAUCGAAUUCCAACGAUCAUGUAAAGAAUUAAUAUAGUUUUUCAGCUUGAUUUUAUUCUUUUUUGGAACUUUCUCCCAGAUUCAGAAGGCUAAGCGAACAGGUGGCAAAAGAAAAAGAAAAUGCUGUGCCGGAUGGCAUUGCUUCACCGGAAGAAAAAGACCGGUGCUGUACCGGUUUAUUUGAAUGUCUAUGAUUUGACUCCUAUUAAUGGCUAUGCUUACUGGCUUGGUCUUGGGAUCUACCAUUCCGGUGUUCAAGUUCAUAAUAUUGAAUAUGGUUUUGGAGCACAUGACCAUCCAAGCACUGGGAUUUUUGAGGUGGAACCAAAGCAAUGCCCUGGUUUCACUUUCAGAAAGUCAAUAUUGAUUGGAAGAACUGAUCUAGGUCCUAAAGAAGUCCGUACAUUCAUGGAGAAGCUAGCUCAAGAUUAUCCUGGGAACAGUUACCAUCUUAUCACCAAAAACUGCAACCACUUUUGCAAUGAUGUGUGUCACAAGUUGACUGGGAAAACAAUUCCUCGUUGGGUUAAUCGUCUUGCUCGUUUAGGUUUUCUUUGUAACUGUGUCUUGCCAGCGGAAUUAAAUGAAACCAAAGUUCGCCAAGUUAGAUCACAAGAUAAAGUGCAAGAGGGAGAGAAGAAGAAAUUGAGAAGCCAUUCAAGCAGGUUAUUAGCUGCAACAAGCGCAGCCUCCCCUUCACUGACUCCUUGUUGCUCUACAGGUGCUGGGAACAGAAGUAAUAGACAAAGACACCGUGUUUCUCCACCUACAGUUCAUGAUACUUCUAUCCCAAAACUGAAAGUGAAGGUUUAAUGGGAUCAGGUUUUUCAAACUUUUUUAGGAAUAUAGAAUUCAAAAAAGAAAGAAAUCAACUAUAGAUCGAUCGAAAUUGCAAAUUUCAUUCCUGCCCCCAUCUUAUUAUCUGGUUUUUCCUUAUCUUUUUCCCCCCAUUUUUCUCCUAAACGGCUGCUGGGAAGUUGACAAGUUGUUACAGCCGUUUCUACUUGUAAAGCUACUUUAUUGUUUUCAAGAAGUGUAAGCCUUGUGACAUCCAAUCCAAUACAUUGGUUCCUCUCAUAGUUUCACUCAAA